AUGCUCUCCACCCUGUUCUUCACCGGGCUCCUGCCGGUACGACUUGCCACCACCACCACGGUCAUCAACAAACGCGCAGCUUUGGGUCGUCGGGGUCUUGCCUCACAACGCUGGGAGUCGAAGCAUACUUGCAUCUAUGAUGCUUGUGGAACUAAAUCGACCUGCAAUGGCUGUGCCUUCACUUCCUCUGGCGCAUCAAGCUAUACCCUGAACUGUGGUAGCCGUGUUCAAGGUUCUGAUGAAUGGGUGGUCGAGUCUGACGGCCUGGCAGUCACGGGAGCACCAGAUUGUCUUGAAGCUUGCGACGAGUGGCCUCAGUGUGGUGGGGUUUCCGUGGCCUCGAACGGCAGUUGCAUUGCCGUCAGCAACAGGACGGCCGUGAGUCUUGUAGAUGAUGUUGGCUCGAGAGCUUACGUCCUUGUGGCGCUGGCUCCCGCCACUCCUCAGGUAGUGGCGACUGCCGUGUCAGCGUCGACCGAAAGCUCAGCAGCACUGUCCGGUACUGGGACUCCGCCAUCGUACUUCAAUGUGUCGUCUUCUAUAUCACCAUUAGCUCCAAGUGCUACGGUUCCAGCCUCAACUCAACCUACCAGUCAAUGCCAAUCGGCGAACAUCAGCUGCCCCGCCUGCGAAGGAGAGCAAGUGACUGAUGCAACCGGCAAGAACCACAAAGUCUUCUGCAACAGCCAGAUCUUUUCAGAGAACCAGUACAGCAUACAGGAGUGGCUUUCUCCACAAGGAUGUCUUGCCGAGUGCGACCGCUUUUCCUGGUGUCAAGGGACGACUUACUACGCCAAUAGGAACUGCGAGCUUGCGAACGGCCCAGAUGUAUUUCCGGAACAAAUGCCAGGCUAUACUGGAUUCCUGCCGGUAGCGACUAAGUCGUACACUCCGGCGACGGCAGCGAGUGCUUUUCCAACCACUAACAGCUAUGUUCCAGUGUCGAGCUCUACAGCCACUCCAGCUGUAGUGCCGUCGACUACGACUUCCCUUGCUGCAUCAACCACCCUUUCGUGCGACAGCUCCGAGGCUCGUUGCCCAUUAUGUGACGGUGUUUCUGUGGUGGACUGGCUAAAUGUGACAUACACGGUUUCCUGCCAGGAAGUACCGAUAUGUGAGACCAUAAUCCACCGCGAGCACGGGACAUCGCAAUUCGAGUGUUUGGAGUACUGCGAUGCAGAUCCGGUUUGCUUCGCCGCUGUAUGGAAUAGCGGUGAUUGCCAACUCUGCCAGGACGGUCUUGAUGGAACGAUCUUCAACGAUCAGCCAGAUGAUCCAAAGUUCUUGGUGUAUUACCCACAAUCCGCCGACACCGCCAAUGUGACCUCCUCCUUGCCACAAACAACAAAUACGUCUGUUCAGGCGUCUACCACUAGCAGUACAGGUUCUAUCUCGAUCUUACCUUUUCACGGCGGCACAUUCAUCACGGCCCCAUCACAGAAUGCCACCAUCACCAUUUCUAGUCCUGAUAGCACGGCCGUGACGACGAUUUCGAAUGAUACGACCUCCAUAAUCGUGGUCACAAGCGCCGCCUUGAGUAUCUUGCCAAUCAAUGGCGCUACGCUCAUCACCGCACCCACACCAAGCAGCACACCAUCGGUCGUCGUGAUCACUGGCACCAUCACAGGCGCCGACUACACUGGCAGCUAG